AUGGAUUCCUUGAAAGGAAAAGUCAUCGCCGUCACGGGCGUAAGAGGCAUCGGCCUAGCCGUCGCGCGCCAGUUGCACGCCCACGGCGCCCUCCUCUCCCUCGCCGAUAUCUCCACAGAGUGUCUCGCCAACGCCGUUUCCGAACUCACAGGAAGAAGCGAAGAUUCCACAAUCAUGACAACAGCCGUGGACGUCAGUUCUUCCUCCUCGGUAAACGCCUGGAUCAGUGAAACAGUCUCGCGGUUCGGCCGGCUCGACGGCGCAGCCAACAUGGCCGGCAUGAUCGGCAAGCAGCACGGGGUGGGGAAGCUCACCGAUCUGGAAGACGACGAGUGGGAUAUGCUGCUGCGGGUAAAUCUUUCGGGGAUGAUGUAUUGUCUGCGGGCGGAGCUGCGGGCGAUUGCCGCUUCUGCGCCCGGCGGGAAGGGGGAGUAUCUUGCUAAAGAGGUUGGGCCCGAGAUUCGGGUGAACGCGGUGGCGCCAGGCGCUAUUCAAACACCUCUUUUGGAUCAAGCGGUUGGAAUCCAGGGCCGUGUUACUGAUACGCCCACCGCCAUUUCGCGCGUCGGUACCCCCGAAGAGAUCGCGCAGACGGUGCUGUUUCUGCUCAGUGAUGCUUCAUCGUAUACUACAGGGGCAGUAUAUAAUGUCGACGGCGGAUGGGAUCCGUGA